AUGAGUGCUGACUGUUCUGUUGGCUCUAACCCUCUGGCAAGCUUGAAUAAGCAUGCUCAACAAGAUAGAAGUUUGCAUCAUGGAGGGGGCUUAAGGCUCAACAAUGAAGCAGCGCAACGAUUUAAAUCACAGGAUAGUGUUGUCAGUGACGCCAGCAGAGCGCGAAUGGAAGCGUUUAUGGACCAAGAACAUAUGGACCACCCCAUGAUGCUGAAAGGGCCAAGACCCAUGCUUUCGCGCCCGCUUCAGGAAAGUUCUCAGCAGGCGCGAGAAAGUUGGGGUAAACAGUUUUCUAGCUCCCCUGCCUUAAGCAUGAACCAGAGCCCGGAGUUGCACAGCCCAACUUCACAAGUACCCUCGAUUGCAUACCAGAAGGGCUUGCCUGCUGGGAAUACUGAAGGAUCCCAGGUGAUGCGGGCACGAGUUGUUGGGCCACGGUAUGGGCCGGGACUGGCAUCAGGCAUGUUCAAUCCUAUGUCCCACCAGACUGCUCAACAACCUGUUUACCGCCACUCGAGCCCACAGUCUCACAUGAGUAUGAACCAAGAAUCAUGGGACGAACAGUUCAAGGAGCUAGAAAAGGAAGUAUCAGAAAAACUAGCAUUGCAUGAGGAAGAGGUGAAGCCUCAGGCCGCCGCAGCAGAACAGGACGUUGUCGAGGACCAGUAUCAAGCAGAAUUCCAGGAGGUCUGGGAUAACUUGCAAGAGGAAUCGCAAAUUCCUGACGCUGGAGGCGAUGUCGAAACAGACUGGCAGCGUGAGUACCAACAAUACAUUUCUGGAAGGCCCUCAGAUACUACUCAAUAUCGUUUCGAGACUGAAAAUCAAUACUUGCAUAACUCCAAUGCUUACGAGAUAGGAUGCAUACUAAUGGAAAAUGGAGCGAAGUUGAGUGAGGCUGCCUUGGCAUUCGAGGCAGCAGUCCAAGAAGACCCCAGCCACGUCGAUGCCUGGCUGAAACUGGGGAUGGUCCAAACGCAGAAUGAGAUGGAGUACAAUGGAAUAGGUGCUCUUGAGGAAUGCUUGAGACUUGAUCCCAGGAACUUGGACGGGAUGGUCACUCUAGCAAUCAGCUACAUUAAUGAAGGCUACGAUGUGAGUGCCUUCAAGAUGCUCAACAAGUGGCUGGAAACCAAGUAUCCGGACAUGGUAGCGCCGAACGAGGCUCUCGAAAAAAGCACUGACCGCUACAGUAUGAACCAGGCAAUUACUUUGCGCUUUCUACAAGUGGUUAAUAAGCUCCCCCAAGUAGACGCGAGUUUGCAGCUAGGGCUUGGAAUACUUUUUUAUUCUAAUGACGAUUAUGACAAAACUGUUGACUGCUUCCGUGCUGCCUUGGCAGUCAAGCCUGAUGACGAACUGAUGUGGAACAGGCUAGGCGCAUCUCUGGCCAACUCUAACCGUUCAGAGGAAGCCAUCCAGGCCUACCGGAAAGCACUUCAGCUGAAACCUACUUUCGUGAGAGCCCGCUGCAACCUGGCUGUAUCGUGCAUGAACAUGGGUUGUUUCAAAGAAGCCGCGGAGUACCUAUUGACUGCGCUAUCCAUGCACGAGGUCGAGGGCAUUUUACCCUCGGAGACGCCGGCGAGCAGUAACCUCAUCGAGACCUUGAAAAGGGCUUUCAUUGGUAUGGAAAGGCGUGACUUGCUCGAGGAAGUUCGCCCAAAUAUGGAUCUUGCGCCAUUUCGUAAUGAGUUCAACUUCUAA